AUGCUAACAAUAACUCAAGGUUUUAUAGUCCUGAUAAUUUUUUUGUUAAUUGUUGAGUUUUUCAGGCUGCGAAAAGCUUCCAAACAAUUCCCUCCUGGACCAACUCCUCUCCCACUGCUUGGAAACUUGGUGCACUUGAACUUUCAGUUUCAUCGGGAUCUUCUGAUGGAGCUGGCAAAAACUCAUGGUAACAUGUAUACUCUGUGGUUCGGGUGGGUCCCAGUGGUGAUACUGAAUGGAUUUCAAGCAGUGAAGGAUGGCAUGACCACACACCCUGAAGAUGUUUCCGGGAGGCUGGUGUCACCUUUCUUCAGAGCAUUGGCCAAAGGAAAAGGUAUUAUACUUGCAAGUGGUCGCUCCUGGAAGCAGCAGAGACGUUUUGGAAUAAUGACUCUGCGCAAUUUGGGAAUGGGGAAAAAAGGCCUGGAGCAUCGUGUGCAAGAGGAGGCCUCUCACCUGGUGGAGUUUUUUGUGAACCUAAAAGGAAGACCUGUGGAUCCUUCUUUCCCUCUCUUCCAUUCUAUUUCAAAUGUAAUUUGUGCUGUGGUUUUUGGAUAUCACUUCUCUGAUGAGGACAAAACCUUCCAUGAGCUGAUCCGUGCUACAGAGAAAAUAUUCAGGUUUGCAGGCAGCUUUGUUCAUCAGAUGUACGAAAUCCUGCCCUGGCUGCUGUGUCACCUUCCUGGGCCUCAUAAGAAGGCGUUGGCUUGCUAUGAUGUCCUGAGUUCUUUUGCAAGGAGGGAGAUCAGAAGACAUGUAGAGAGAGGGAUACCAGCUGAACCACAGGAUUUCAUUGACUUUUACCUGGCUGAGAUUGAGAAAUCUAAAGAGGGGGCCAAGCCCAAGUAUGAUGAAGAGAAUUUGGUAUAUGUCAUAAAUGAUCUUUUCCUUGGUGGAUCAGAGACCUCAAGCACUACAUUAUACUGGGGACUGCUCUAUAUGGUGGUGAAUCCAGGCAUCCAAGCAAAAGUGCAGAAGGAGCUGGAUGCUGUUCUGGAUCCUUCCCAGUUAAUUUGUUAUGAGGAUCGGAGAAAACUGCCCUACACAAACGCUGUGGUUCACGAGAUUCAGCGCUACAGCAACAUUGUCUUUGUUGGCAUCCCCAGAUUGUGUGUGAGGAACACAACACUACUGGGAUUCCCUGUCAAAAAGGGCACCAUUGUUAUACCCAAUAUAGCAUCUGUUCUGUACGACCCUGAGCAGUGGGAGACACCUCGACAGUUCAACCCUGGCCAUUUUCUGGAUAAAGAAGGAAACUUUAUACCUCGAGAAGCUUUCUUACCAUUCUCAGCAGGGCACCGGGUGUGUUUGGGGGAGCACUUAGCAAGGACCGAGCUCUUCAUUUUUUUUGCCAGCCUGCUGCGGGCGUUCACCUUCCGGCUCCCUGAGGGAGUGACAGAGAUCAACACUGAGCCCCUUCUGGGGGGCACUCUGCAGCCUCACCCCUACAGGGUUUGUGCCAUUCCACGCUAG